CUACUGUGGUCAGCAACACAGUCAGUGAAAACACUCAACGCUCUGAGGCCACACACUGCUUCCAAGAGAAAACUCAGCCUGCUGAUGUCACCAGCAUCUGUGUAAGAAACUACCCAUCCAUUUGCAUUGGAGGAGAACAAAGAUGAUGUUUUACAGAGCAAUAGCUGGGCGCCAACUGGGGCAUCCCACUAAAAGCCUGGGUGGAUGGCUGGCAUCAAAGAUCUUCAUCCAGCACAACAGACUGGUAGAGGAGAGCGCGGUGGCACUGUGUGGCAUCUCCCCUGGGGACACGGUGCUAGAGCUGGGCCACGGCCCCGGACUCGGCCUGGAGGCGGCCGCCCGCCUCCUCACCGCACCCAGCGGACACCUACUGGGAGUGGACUACUCCGAAUACAUGCACCAGGUGGCAGGUAAGAGGCUGUCGGCUCUGGUGGCGAGCGGGAAGGUGACGCUGCACCACUGUGACGUGGCCGCCAUGCCCAUAGCGGACAGCAGCGUUGACAAGGUGUUCCACUGCAACUGCUACUACUUUUGGCCCGACCUCAAGAAAGGCGGCGCAGAGAUACACCGCGUCAUGAAAGCAGGUGGUCUAAUGGUGACAGUGCUAAGGCUGGAUGUAGUGGAGCAAGCAGCAUCUCAGAACAUCUUCACUGGUGAGAGCUGGCGACCAGAGGACUACAUGAAGGCAUUGGAGGAUGUUGGCUUCUCCAAUGUCAGAAUGGAGGACAGGACUGAGACAAACAUCACAUUUCAAGUCAUCUUUGCCACCGCUUCAAAAUAAGAGGAAACACAGCACACAUAAGUCUCUGUCACCAAC